GGAAGUGGAAGCUAGUAGUCCGUUUCAGCGUGUGUGAUACUUUCCUUUCAUCUUCUUCUUCUCUCUGCGAUAAAAGCAAAACCUAAAAUUUGGUUUAGGCAUAGGAAUCUGUUGUAGAGUUGAUCUACCUGGAAUGGAGGGAGCAUCGUGGAAUAGUAGUGUUUGUGUGGCACCGUUUCUGAGCAAGACCUACGACAUGGUUGAUGAUCCUUCCACCGACUUAGUGGUGUCGUGGGGCGAAAACAACAACUCCUUUGUUGUUUGGAACGUUCCCCAAUUCGCCACAGACAUCUUGCCCAAUCAUUUUAAGCACAACAACUUCUCCAGCUUCGUCAGACAGUUGAAUACUUAUGGUUUUAGAAAGGUUGACCCAGAUCGAUGGGAAUUUGCAAAUGAAGGAUUUUUAAGAGGUGAAAAACAACUUUUAAAAAGUAUCAGUAGGCGGAAAUCUGCUCAUGUAAAUGGUAGUCAACAAGCAUCUCAAGUGCAUAAAUCAGCUGCUGGAGCAUGUGUUGAAGUGGGGAAAUUUGGGCUUGAGGAAGAGGUGGAAAGACUGAAAAGGGAUAAGAAUGUUCUUAUGCAGGAACUUGUUAGGUUGAGACAGAAACAGCAAGGGACUGAUAACCAAUUGCAAAAUGUUGGGCAACGUGUGCAGUCAAUGGAGCAGCGUCAGCAGCAAAUGAUGUCAUUCCUGGCUAAGGCCAUGCAGAGCCCAGGCUUCUUAGCUCAAUUUGUUCAGCAGCAGAAUGAAAGUAGUAAACAUAUCCCUGGGAGCAAUAAAAAGAGGAGGCUCCAGCGACAAGAAGAAGAUAGUUUAGCCACCAAGGAUCUCCAUAGUUCUCUUGAUGGACACAUUGUCAAGUACCAGAGUUCCAUAAAUGAGGCUGCAAAAGCAUUAUUUCGCCAGAUAUUGCAAAUAAACAAUUCUACAACACAAUCAUCAAUUAAGAACCCUGAUGUUUUCCUUAUUGAUGAUAUUCCUUCUGCCAUUGCAUCAGAUAGCAGUAGUUCAUCCACUCAGGUUUCUAAUGUGAUGGUUCCACCUAUAUCUGAGCUGACGUCUAUGGAAGUAGGAUCACAGUUUCCUCUCAGUUGUAUGCCCAGUAACAUAUCUGAGGUGCAGUCUUCACCUGCUGUUUUGGGUUUCUGUAGAAGUCAGGGGAUGGAGACAGAAAGCAGUUUAUUGAAUCAUGAGCUGAAUGUUAUGGGGGCUGAUACUAGGAACAUGGGGGAGAUAGAUAUGAUGUCAACUGUUUUAGAUGAGGCAGACGAAGCUGAUCAUUUUUCACCUGACACAGAUGGAAUUUCUAAACUCCCAGAAAUCAGUGAUGAAUUCUGGGAACUGUUUUUAAGGCCAAGCCCACUUACAGAAGACACAGAGGAAACUAAAUGUAGCUCUCUAGGAUGUGGUUUGACUGAAGAUCAGGGUUUGCCUUCAGAAAUGGGAAAUAAGCAGGAAAAUUUUGAUACAAUACAACAUGUUGACUGUCUUACUCAACAGAUGGGACUUCAUGCAUUGGAGUACUGAUUGUGUGUAUAUAUGUUACUCACAACUGAAGGUUGAGGUCCCCUUUGCUACUGAGCAGACAAAGCCAUCUUACUUAUACAACAAAGAAACCUGACAGAUCCAACAACUUGAUCGGUGCUUUUAUCCGCUUGUAAUGUCGUCGUGUGUUCUGUUUGUCAUUGGGGGCUUAAAAACAUACAAGUUCACGAAACUUCAUAUAUCUCCAUGUAUUUUGAAUUUUAAUAACUAUGCCCCCGUUUCCAAUGCGAUGAUAUUUUUGUGGGGAUGUUCCGUAUAAUUGGAUCAUAACUCUUGAAUUGCUGUUGAAUAACUACUGUUUACUGAAGCUAAGUUUAACCUCC